AUGGGUCGCUCCCGCUGUACAGGUGCGCACCGAGCGCACUCCUUAGCCCGCCAGAUGAAGGCCAAGCGGCGGCGGCCGGACCUGGAUGAGAUUCACCGGGAGCUACGGCCACAGGGUCCCACACGGCCCAAGCCUGACCCCAACGCCGAGCCCGACCCUGACUUGCCGGGGGGUGGUCUGCAUCGCUGUCUGGCCUGCGCGAGGUACUUCAUCGAUUCCGCCAAUCUGAAGACCCAUUUCCGAUCCAAAGACCACAAGAAGAGGCUGAAGCAGCUAACCAUCGAACCCUACAGUCAGGAAGAGGCGGAGAGGGCAGCCGGUAUGGGCUCAUAUGUGCCUCCCCAGCGGCUGGCAGUGCCUACGGAAGUGUCCACUGAGGUUCCUGAGAUGGACACGUCUACCUGACAUGGCCUGAGUAUGCAAGGCAGAGGAGCUGCCCAUGGACAGUGGUGCCAGGACUAGGUUGGAAGUGAGGGAAGCAAACCAUUUGGGGCUCUGGGUUUUGUGAGUAGAUAGCCUCUUCUGGCUGGCUUCCCCCCAAUAAAGGAACUAGAAAAGA